GAACAGGCUAAAAGAUGCCAAACCUACCGGAAUUAGGACCACAGCAGAAAGGGACGGUGAUUUACGUUUCAAGGAGGGAGGACGCCGAAUUCAAUGUUCGCUUUACGAUACCGCCGCAUGGCUACUACUUUAACGUGAACUGGGACGAGAAUGGGCGAUUUCUCAACAAUGGGACCGGUAUUAUGUACCAUGUAUUUAGUGUCUUUGUGACCUACAUGAGGCUUAAUUACAGCAUUCAGAUACCUCACGAGCACACGACAGGUACAUAUGUGUCGUCGACUGGCCAGUGGACAGGUUCCUUAAGUUCGUUGCAAGUUAAGGAGGUGGAUGUAGCGAUUGGACCAUUUAUUCCAACUGAGGAGAGAAUUAAGGAUUUUCAGAUAACAACACCAUUCAUCUGGGACGCCUCGCGCAUAGCAGCAGGUACCGAUGAGAAGUGGCUCCCCGGCACUUAUAGUCUUCGGAUACUUCUGACUGUCUGGCUUAUAGCUAUUCUCAUCAUUUUGCAAGUGUUUAAUGCAAAAAUUCGUGCUACGCUUUUGAUCAAAACGGAACCCCCACGCGUGGAGAACGCUGCUACAAGCUCAAAGGAUCCAUAUCUGAUGGAAAUUGAACGGCUUUCCGUCUUGUUGAAGUCGCAGUAUUUCGAUUCUGAGCUUUUUCUGCCUCCUCGACUCAUCGACGUGCUUGCAGGUCGAGCGGUUAUAAUUGCGGAUACAGUCACUCUCACCAGUGGUAUAAUCCAAAACUGUAUGGACGUUCCACCAGCUCAGCGUACCGGUUUUUACUAUAUAGGCCGAGAGCCAUGCAGUCAUCAUUAUUUAGGGUUGAUGAUGCAGCAGGAUAUACAUCCAAGGCUUCGGAAAGCUAUUAACUACAAGAUUCGUCAGAUGCUUGAUUCCGGCUUGGUGUAUAUGUGGAGGGAACGCUCAUUGCAGUCGCUAGAUACCUGUAGCCGUCGCGAUGAAAGUCAGGAUAAUAAUGCUCGUCCACUCGAUCUACAGGACGUUCAGGGUCUGUUUUACAUGCUGAUUCUACUCCUAAGCUUUGAUUUGCUGCUUCUGUUAGCGGAGUUGGCAGUGAGCUUAUUGUGUUUCUGCAUACGAAAGAAGGCCAUAGCAGUCCCCUGCCUCGAAAAUGUUUUGCCCGACUUCAUUUUCAAAACGAAAAACAAUAACGAUAGAUUUCAUAAGAUUGUGUUCGUAAAAAGACAUUAUACAUGA